GGACUCGACUCUUAGGGUCAAAUAUUAUCUCUACUAUUUUAUUAGCCAUUUCCAUUACUCUGUUUCCCUUCUUAAAGGCCCCCCUGUUCAUCCCUCCUGUUUCAUCACCCCCCACUUCUCUCUCUUCCGUCCCACCACAAAAAACUCCAUACUCAACAAUGGAGUUCUGCAACUUCUGUGUAGUAUUCUUUUUUCACUGCUUCCUAAUUCUUUCAUUCAACAGAGCUUCUGGUGAUCACGAAACCUCCAUUAAUGGCGAUUCUCAGAAGGCAGCAUUGCUCUCGUUCAGAGAAGGGAUUGUUUCUGAUCCACACAACUAUCUCAAGGAUUGGAAAUCCUCUUCAAAUCUCCACUUCUGUAACUGGGCUGGAAUCAAGUGCAACAACUCCACCCAACGAGUCCAAAAGCUCGAUCUCAGCGACAAGUCCCUCAGGGGAACCGUUUCCCCAUCCCUCUCCAAUCUCUCCUCCUUGACAAUCCUCGACCUGUCCAGAAACUCCUUCCAAGGCCCAAUCCCAUCGCAAUUCGGCUCUCUCAUCAACCUCCAGCAGCUGAGCUUAUCAUGGAACCGCCUCACCGGCAAAAUCCCCACCGAGCUCGGAUUCCUCCAGAGCCUCAAAUUUCUCGAUCUGGGUAGCAACAGACUCGAGGGGGAAAUUCCUCAGAUGCUCUUUUGCAAUGGUUCUAAUCUCAUGUUGAGAUACAUAGACUUAUCGAACAAUUCUUUGGAGGGGAAAAUCCCUUUGAGGAGUGAAUGCCCUUUGCCAGAAUUGAUGUGUCUUUUGCUCUGGUCGAACAAAUUGGUGGGGCAGGUCCCGUUGGCGCUUUCCAAUUCGACCAAAUUGAAAUGGCUGGAUUUGGAGUCGAAUAAGCUGAGUGGGGAGUUGCCAGCUGAGAUUGUUGGGAAAAUGCCGUUGUUGCAGUACCUUUAUUUGUCUGAUAAUGAAUUUGUUGCCCACGAUGGCAACUCAAAUCUUCAACCCUUUUUUGCUUCUUUGGUGAAUUCUUCAAAUCUUCAAGAGCUGGAGUUGGCAGGGAACCGUCUUGGUGGGGAGAUUCCUUCAAUUAUUGGCGAUCUUCAUGUCAAUCUCUCGCAGCUUCAUUUGGAUGACAAUCUUAUCUAUGGCUCAAUCCCUCCUUCCAUUUCAAACCUUAGAAAUCUUACCCUUUUGAACUUGUCUAGCAACCUUCUGAAUGGCACAAUUCCUUCUGAGCUUUCCAGAUUGAGGAAUCUGGAGAGGUUCUAUUUGUCUAACAAUUCACUCUCGGGUGAAAUCCCAUCUUCUCUCGGUGAAAUCCCCCGUCUGGGUCUUCUUGAUUUGUCCAGAAACAAGCUCUCCGGUUCAAUUCCGGAGGAUUUGGCCAAUCUUUCCCAGCUGAGAAAGUUGCUUCUUUACGGAAACCGUCUCUCGGGCACCAUCCCACCCAGCCUGGGAAAAUGUACCAACUUAGAAAUUUUGGACCUUUCUAGCAACCAAAUUUCAGGGGCUAUUCCCAGUGAAGUUGCAGGAUUGAGGAGCUUGAAAUUGUAUUUGAACCUCUCGAGCAACCAUUUACAUGGGCCUUUGCCAUUGGAGCUUAGUAAAAUGGACAUGGUCCUGGCAAUUGACCUGUCCUCCAACAAUCUCUCAGGCCCAAUUCCAUCUCAACUUGGAAACUGCAUUGCUGUUGAAUCCCUCAAUCUCUCAGACAAUUCCCUUGAUGGGCCUUUGCCAAUUUCAAUUGGGCAGCUCCCUUAUCUCCGAGUUCUUGAUGUUUCUUUCAAUCAGCUAACUGGGAACGUCCCAGACACUCUUCAAACAUCCUCAACUCUGAAACAGCUCAACUUCUCUUUCAACAGAUUUUCAGGGGAGAUUUCAAAGAAGGGGGUGUUUUCCCGGCUGACAAUAUCUUCAUUCCUGGGAAACAAUGAUCUCUGUGGCCAAAUCAGAGGCCUCCCAAAAUGCAGAGAGAAGCACAAACGGCGGCACAUGCUGUCAAUUCUAAUGUCUUCAUCAGCAGCAUUUGUGUUCUGCAUGAUCGGGAUCUCGCUGGCGGCUCUGAGGUCAAAGAUGAGAAAACGCCUCGCAGUUUUCAGCAGAAGGGAUUUGGAAAAAGAGGAAUACGAAAUAGAACAAGAAGCCGAGAGGAAAGAAAUGAAGCACCCAAGAAUCUCAUACAAACAACUCGUGGAAGCAACCAAUGGAUUCAGCCCCUCGAGCGUGAUCGGGUCAGGGAGAUUCGGAGACGUGUACAAGGGAAUUUUACCAGACAACACAAAGAUCGCCGUCAAAGUCCUGAACCCAAUCAGAACAGCAGGGGAAAUUUCCCGCAGUUUCAAAAGAGAGUGCCAAGUUCUGAAGAGAACAAGGCACAGAAAUCUGAUCAAAAUCAUAACCACGUGCAGCCGCCCAGAUUUCAAGGCGCUGGUUCUGCCAUUAAUGUCGAACGGGAGCUUGGAGAGCCAUCUUUAUCCGAGCCAGAGAGGGGCCGCUGAAAUUGAUUUGGUUCAAUUGGUGAGCAUUUGCAGCGACGUGGCGGAAGGAGUGGCGUAUUUGCACCACAAUUCGCCCGUCAGAGUGGUGCAUUGUGAUCUUAAACCCAGCAAUAUUCUUCUCGAUGAUGACAUGACCGCUCUGGUCACUGAUUUUGGAAUUGCGAGGCUGGUGAGCGGCGGGGGAGAAGAUCACAGUACCGCCACCACUGCUCCUCCAGAUGAUUCCAGCUCCUUCAGUUCAACUCACGGCCUGUUAUGUGGGUCCGUCGGUUACAUAGCUCCUGAAUACGGAUUGGGAAAACGAGCGUCGACAGAGGGGGACGUGUUCAGUUUCGGGGUGCUCGUGUUGGAGCUGGUGACGGGGAAGCGCCCAACGGAUCACUUUUUCCAGCAGGGCGCGGGGCUGCACGAAUGGGUGAAGACUCAGUACCCGCACAGCCUGGACCCCAUUGUUGGGGAGGCGAUGGAGAGAUACUGCAGCGCCGCGGCGGCGAGGGCAGGGCCGAGGCCCUGCAAGAGGCUGUGGCGGGAAGUGAUAGUGGAGCUGGUGGAGCUGGGGCUGAUGUGUACGCAGUUCACGCCGUCGGCGAGGCCCACCAUGGUCGACGUGGCACAGGAAAUGACACGUUUGAAGGAGUAUCUCUCGCAUUCUAUGUCGUCGCUGUAUACGAGACGGUGAAUACUGAAUAAUUAAUAAUUGAUAAUUCAUUCUUUUAAUUUGUUUGUUUUCAUUUUAUGCUAACAUGUAUAUGAUAUGACCAAUUUUUGGGUCUGUAAUCUACGUUUGUAUUUUUCUUUUUCUUUUGUGCAUUUUGUAA